UUGCCCCCCACCCAAUCUUCCUACUCCUCGCCCACCCACCGCCGCCAUCCCUCCUUUCAUCCCAACCCCAUCAUCUGCGCAGCCCUACCAUCGUAUCGCAUCGCCAGUCAUCAAACUGUGAAUGCACUGCUGACUCGCCCAUGGGCCCCUGGUUUGCUCUCUUCGAGGCCUGGGCGGUCGCACGUCUGAUUCGAUCGCCCACCUUCAACCGAGCCGUGCAAAAGGCAUAUCGCAAGAUCAACAGGCUGCCAGACUUUGAGCAAAAGAAUGGCGGCGGCAGGACGGGCCCCUCGUCCUUUGACCAUUUCAAAGACGAAGUAAAGAAUCAGUUUCGUGAGCUCACUUGGCAGAAACGCCCGCCCAAGUGA